CGAGUCCAGUUUACACAACCAUUCAAGAAAAGGUCCUCCAAAUUUCCGAAAGGUCGGGUCUCAUUUACCCCAUGUUUUGUGAAAAUAAUAGCCAAAUACUUGAAUGGGCGGGUAAACUGGACCUGACAUUUUGGGAUCUUAGGGGGCCCUUUUCUCAAAUGGUCGGGUUUCGCGAUUGCCCCAUGUGAUGGCACAAGCCCCCAAAACAGACCCAUUUAGGGUAUCCUCUUCAAAUUAUUAUGACCAUAGACCUACAAUACCUAGUUUAGUCUGUUUUUCAGACCUGCAAACAUUUGGCUACUCUACACAAGCAAGGUGCUCAAUUGAGAUAUUGCUAGUUCAGCCAGCUAUAGGAACCCGCACCCUCUGGCUCCUACAACCAGGGUACAUGCUGGGAUGCUGGGAGUUCUUGUAAUUUCCCAAAAUACCCACUAAUUAGCAAAUAUUUUAUUUUGAGGGAUAUUUGAGUAUUUGCUUUAAUGCACAGUGAUAAUAAUACCAGGUAUUCUGUGAUUGGUGGUAGAUCAGAGAGUAUAGUUUCCAAAUCGAGGAAUACCCUGCGUUGUCGGUUUGUAAGUCCGUUCGGUCUGAAAGCACUUAAUGUAGGAUCUCACAAAGCCGAAGCCGUACCAUGGGACUUUGAAUAGGAGCAGGAUAUUCGAUCUGGGUCCCGUAACACAAAGGUUAGCGAUUGAUCGUACGCUUGAUUUUCAUGAUUGAUGGUACAUUGUAGUCAAUGGAAUCAAUCGUAGAAAAAUGUUCUACGAUCAUUGCUAAGUUUUGUGUUACGGGCCCCAGAUGUACUUGAAGAUUGGAACAACUUAGGGAUAUUGGAAGUUGUAAUUGUAAGAACAAUAAAGAUGCAGUAAAACAAAGAUGCAGUAAAAAAAAUCUAAAUCUGAAAAUCCGGUUCUAUAUUCUUCUUUGUGAAUAUCUAUUCUAAGUUUGCCGGAGGAGAAUGCUUUAUAAUUAUAUGUAUUAAAAAAUUGUUCCUUGAAUCUGGAAAUCCCAAUGCCAAUUAAAAUCAAGGUUUCCAUGACAGUUAGCAUAAUUAAAAAGUUACGAUUAUUUUAGAUCAUGAUGAAAUAGUCCAAGGUUGAAAAAAGGGAAAAUCGAUUUUUGAAUCACCAGGUGGAUAAGAUUUGGUUAGAUAUAAUCAUUAAAAAAAAAAAGAUAUAGGCAAAAUGAUCCAUGCCCUGAAAUAUAAAUUGGUACAUGUGUGCUUCAGCUAGAUACCUCAUUAGAGUUGCAUGAUGAGGAAGCAAAAAUGUCUUCAUUUAAUCAACUAUACAGUGUAUAUUAAAAAAAUACAUUUUAGGGAAAACUGUCUAAAUCAUGUUUCUUUAUAAUAUAGUUUUGAGGUAGUGAUUGACGGUCAGAUGCAUCCGUUAUCAAAUUAAAUCAAAAGAAGGAUUUUGAAGUUGGUGAUCAAGCAAAUUAUGAAACAAAUAGAAUGUUACAAACGUGAAACUGAAAAAGAGAACAUAAUUCAGUCAUUUUCAUGAAUGGAUGCGAAGAGCAAGACUUUCGGUAGUUUCUAAUCUAGACUGCUGCUUUAAUAUCUUGGCCAUUCUUUUAUUUUGAUGCAAGCCAUGUUUAUACCCUAGACAUAAGUUUCAAUGUUUGUUCAAGCUUUUAUAAAAAAAUGUGUCUUUGAUAUCAUUUGAUUAGAGAGACUUUUGAGCUUCUAUCAAAAUCAGAGAAACCAUCCUUCGUAUUUAGAAACGGUCAUUAUUUUAAAGCUUUUCCCAAAAUGUAACCUUUUUGUUAAUACAGUCUGUAUCCUCCCUAUGAUCCAAGAAAUUGCUAAGAUGGUGGAAAGGUUUAAAGAGGUGGGUGGGAUGACAGAGAAGAAAAGAUAUGGAAAUGAGAGGGGAAAAGGAAUUCAAGUGAGAAUGAUAGGAAAGGGAGAUGAAUGGGAGACAGCAACCCUUAGGAGUUGGGGCAUAACUGUAUAAAAGAUAAAAACAGACUUCUAUUUCCAUUUAAACUCAUAUUGAAGUACAGAAAUAGUAUUGGAUAAAGAGAUGUUACAGCAAAAUUUGUAAUGAUAGUAAUCAUUGUUUGCUUCUCUUAAAAGAGAAAAGAGUGAAAUUUCUCUAAUUUUUACCCCCCCCCCAUGGUAGUGAUGUCAAGAUUACUCAAUUUUGAGUGAAUUUAGAGUGAAUGAACAAAUUUCUCACUCAAAUUUCACUUUUGAAGGUGUAAAAAUCACUCAACAAGUAAAAGUCACUCCCAAUCUCAAGAUUUUUUUAAAGACAGUAUGAAAAUCAACAAAAAAAUAGAGUAUAGUUGAACUUUGUAUACAUGAAACCAAAUAUUGUCUAUUCCAGUGCACACAUGUAUUAUGACAGACACAGACACUGGAAUAAGCUUCCUUAAUAGUCUGCCAUAUUGAUGCUCCCACACUCCUCAAUUUUAAGAGAGAACUGUAAAUCCUGGGCUUUUUAAAUAGUUUCCAUGGGACCUCCUUAACCCUGCCACACGAUACAUUCCACUGCAUAUACCUUAUAUACCUUGCUAUGAUGGAAAGGUGUGGCUUCCAUGGCAACCUCAAGUGCCUUCACAGCCAAGAUGCAGGAGCACCACCCAGCCCCCCAGCGCAAGCCCCUUAACCGCAGCACCAGCAGCACCGACAUGUACAUGUACGAAAAGAACGAGGGCAGUAUAUCGGACUCUGCGGCUGAGCAGGGAAGCACAGAAGGGAAGAAGAGACGUGGUAGCAUUGCCAAGGUUGCCUCUCUAGUCGGUCUCUCCAAGAAGAGCAACAGCACCUCCAAUUUGGCUGGUAAGAAGCCGCGUGCAAGCAUCCAGCGUAGUGAGGAAGUGUUGCCUAUGGAGAUGAGAGAUCGGUUGCAGAAGCAGGCUAGUCGAGAGAGCAACGACGGUAGCAUCUGCAGUUUUGGCAGUGAUAGCUCUAGUAGUUUCAUGCUCCCAGCCAACUUCCGCUUUGGCGGGGAGAGCCAGUUCAACGACUUCCUGGACGGACUAGGGCCCUCUCAGUUGGUGGGCCGCCAAGCCCUGGGGUCGCCCUGGAUGGGAGACAUCCAGCUGAGUCUGGAGGACAAACGAGGUAACCUGGAAGUAGAGGUCAUCAGGGCGAGGAGUCUGGUAGCAAAACCAGGGGUCAAAGUCCCCCCAGCUCCCUAUGUAAAGGUGUAUCUGAUGGAUGGAAAGCACUGCGCGGCCAAGCUGAAAACAAAGAUCGCCCGCAAGACGCUGGAUCCGCUUUACCAACAGACACUCAAGUUCAUAGAAGAGGACUACAGCAACAAGGUACUGCAGAUCACCGUGUGGGGGGACUACGGCCGGCUGGAGCGCAAGAUCUUCAUGGGGGUCGCGCAGAUCCUGCUUUCCGAGCUCGAUCUCUCACACCCUGUCAUGGGGUGGUACAAGCUCUUCAACACCUCGUCCGUCGCGGACAUCCACCAGCGGGGGUCCAUCUCUUCCCUGGAGGGGUCCAUGGUCUCGCUGACUAGCGCAAAAUGAGUCCCCUCUCAAAGCCUUUAGUUGUUCAAUGUAUCAAAUCUUAAUCUCUUGAGAGGAGAUGCUCCUGCAUUUAGCCACAGAGGUUGGCUGGCCACAGAUGCCUGUCAAUGGUUCCUAUGGAAGUUUGAAGAUCAUCAGGGUCAAAGUCGUAGAGCACAAUGUCACUGUGGACGUGAUUUAGACUUCCAGAUGCCAGGGAAAAGUACCCAAGCUCUUAUAUUCCCUCAGUAACUGAAGGUUAGGGUCUAUGGGCACUGUUGAAAGGUACCUGUAUUUAUCUUUCAUUUUGUCUCUGGUAUCUGCUUUAGGUCGAGUCAGCAUCUUCUUAAGCAAACCAUAUUUGGUUGUACGGUACUCCAGGUUGCCACGAGGCUUAAUGAGCUGAUAAAUUAGGAUAAGGUUUGAAGAUAAUUCCGCAGACGAGGAUUGAAAUUAAGGAAGUGCAAAGUUUUCGAAAACCAUUUCUUACCUAAAUUAAUUUGAAUGUUGGUGGUGAUAGCAAGCCUUAUUGGGUCACGCAAACAUUUGGAUUCACACUUCCAUAAGCAGUGGAAUAUCUAAAGUCAGAAGAAGCAUUUUUCAUAUUGAAAAACCCUUAAGAUAUCUCUUUUUUAGUUUUAUUAUCAGAAACUUAGAGUUUGAUCAAGCUAAUAUUGCCCAGAGUUCUCACAAGUCAAUGCCACUUGUAAAUGUAUUGAGAUUGAGUGUAUGAUUAUGAGAAUAACCCAGGUUCAUCUCUUUGUCAAAUGAGUUAAGUAUGAGAAUUAUUUCUUACACAUGAUUCCAUCUUGUGUAUAGUUUAUAUCCUGGAAUUCUAUCCAGCGUGCCUGCAAUGAAUGAGAUACUAAACAAAAUCCUAAUGGCCCAAAUCGUUGUUUUUCCUCGAAAUUUACUUGAAAUGAACUAUCAUGGAUUUGGAUUAUUAUCAUACCGUAGUUGUACACUCAAAUCUAUCCAAGUGCCCACAAAGUAAAAAUCAACGUAGACCAGACAACAACAUGCACCAAUGUCAGACUUCACAUCUUGUAAUCAUUUACAACCACUAUUGAAUACUUGCGUCUUUUGAUUAAAAUCGACAAUUUAAACUUUUCAACAAGUCUAAAUGUGUUGUCUGAUGAGACAUUUAAGUCUUAAAUUUAAUGACCCCCCAAAAAAACACAGUUCAACAAUGCAAAUUUCAAGAAUAUUGAUUCAAUGAAAAUUAUCCCUGAAACAAAAAUAUUGUCUACAAAGAGUAAGAGUAUGUCUUUAUAUGUAGACUUCUGUUUACAAAAAAAAAUUGUCUACUUCAUCAUUAAAUGAUGGGAGAAUAUUGGUAAAGUAUUUCUGUUCAUGCUUGCGUAGCACUGACUGAAAAAUAACCUGUGAGUUGCAGCCUUCUGGUUCUCCCUUGCACUUGAUAUUCCAUUAUGUGUUAUUCCACAAGGUGCUAAGUCCACUAUGGCCAUUUUGAAUAAAAAGAGGCAUUUCAACCCAAUUCUUAUCUAUGCACCUCACAUACAUGUAAUUAGAAUGCGCUGACGGCUUACUUGAUAAUUCCCUUUGUCAUUUUCUGCAAAUUGGCAAUAGUUUUCAUACCCUAGAGAAUCACAUUUGAUAGAUAGUAUUAGUGGAAAAACAAACAUUGGUUAGGAAGUUGGAGACUGCCCUAACCAACUACUGUCUUUUUUUAAUGACAUUAUACUGUGUUUGAGUAAAGCACACCUUUAUCUCG